AUGUUCUCUAAGCGCAAGCGUCCUACUAACGAAGAUUUUCCCAACUCUUCAACAAUACUAAGUACGAAGAAGGCCAAAGCAAAACCUCAGACGUCGAACAGAGCAGGACCUGCGAGACGUGCUCCGAUAGCCAUCCACAACGCCUCCCCCUCGGCAGCCACUCAAGCUUCCCCACCAGCUUCCAAAUUGGCCAAAUCCAAUCUUAUGCCAACAAUCCCUCGUCGCAAUGCAGUUCUUGGACAACGUAACGAAUCUCUACUCCGCCUGCCAUGCAAUAACACCAAAACAGGGAAAGAUACAGAGCAACACUUCCAGAAGCGCAACGCAAGCGAGAUAGACUGGAACUACCAGCGCCAUAUCGAGGAUAUCAACAACUGGAGCAACCAGAUAUACACUCGUGCGGCUCUGUACGUGAAAAUGGUCGACGUGUGGGUGCCAGACGAAGAAGCGUGGAUCGAGUUGUACUUUCACCUUUCGAUUGCUGAAACGAGGAAGCACGGCAUCCGACUGCCCAUGACGAAAGACGUAUGGCAAGCGUUUUUGCAAUUCUUUGGUGAUCGCGAGUUGACGGGUAAGUAUGGCGAGGUUGUGACGCGAAAACCACGGACAAAUAGUGCGUUCUCUGCGAAAUUCAGGCGUUUUGAGGAGCUCGCCGAGCGUCUUGAACAGUGUAUGAGAGGAAAAUCGGGAGAUUUGUUCAUGCCGAACAUGACUGAGACGAUGCUGGAUAGGUUCAAGGAGAUGAAGGGGGGGAUGGAAGCGAAAGGUCUCAAGAAAGAGAGUGCAUAUGCAGGACAAGAUCUGCAGGACUGGCUCGCAUUCUUCUCGCAUUUGCCAACCGAAGGAGACGUCGAUGAUGCUGAGACGGACGGGAAGGAAGAGCAGCAAGCAAGCUCAGGCGUUGCCUCCAGGGACAUGGAGGAAGACAUUGACGCAGCUACGGCUCUGAUCAGCUUGGCCUCUCAGCCCAACAACGUUCGCAUGUCUGCUAAGGCUAGACGCAAGCGCAAGACCGACAACCAGGGGAUGAAUCCAGCUGUACACUCGUGUUGGCCAACGCAUUCAAUUGCGCUCGCCACUCCAGCGUCUACCACUCAAGAUCGCGCAGUGGAAGGUACGCCGAAUCUCUCACGGACUUCUCCUCUGCUGCCAUCUCCAGGUGAUCACAGCACACCAGACAACCCGUCUACCACGAGAGGCGUACCAUCCAGCAAGACUCGGCAUGCAACCCCCAGUGUGCGUGUUGAUCACCCUGAUUCGGAUUAG